UAUCAAAAUUACAAAAUCUUAAAAAUUUAAAUAUUAAUAAUAUAAACAGUAUCAAUAGUUAUGGUUUAAUAUGUGGUUUAGCUAAAACGAAAAAUUAUAAUCUUAGUGAGUUGAAAUGUGAAGAUAUAAGGAUGUACGAUGAACAUUGUAAUCAAUUAUUUGAGAAUUUACCAAAUCUUCAAGUAUUACAUAUUAAAUCAGUUGCAAUAAGUGAUAUUGCUAUUCAAGCUAUAUUAAAAAAUUGUAAAAAAUUAAUUAAUUUGUCUAUUAAUGGUAAUAAUAAGAUUACGAACUAUGGUUUUACCGGCAUUGAUUCGAUUACUCAAGAGAAAACAGGAAAUUGUAUAUCGGAAUUGAAAAACUUGAAAAUUUUAUGUAUACGUGAUUGCCAUAUUACACAUGAACUGCAAUAUGAAUUGAAAUUUAAUUAUUUAAAAACUCUUUAUCUUAAUAUGUGCUUUAAAAAUUCAAUUUUAUGUGAAGCAACACUAGAAACUUUACAGAAAAAUUGUCCAACAAUUAAUAAUUUGACAUUGUACGUUCAUAAUUACAUAAUCAAUGGAAAUCAAUAUUUUGAUAAAAUAAUUGAACUAAUUAUCAAAAGUUUAGAUAGGGGUGAAAUUAAAAUAAAUUAUAAACAUAAUGAAGUGGAUGAGAUAUGUUACUUCAGUUUUACCUACACUAAAUACGUACGCUCAUGUUAUUUGAGCUGCAAAUGCAAUACCUGCAGUGAAAUUGAAAAAUUAUAUGUUAAAGAUAUUAAAGCAGCACAAUUAACAUGUCAUCAGUGGUUGUAUGCAUCACAAUUACCAGAAUUUGAUAAAAGAAUAGUUUUAUCAUUUUUUUUUCCUGAAAAUUUAAAUUUAGCAAAAAAUGGUAUUACAAAUGCAACAAUGAUAGAAAUAUCAAAAUUAGAAAAUUUAAAAAGUUUAAAUAUAAAUUAUGCAUAUGAUAUUGAUAGUUAUGGUUUAUUAAUUGGUAUAGGAAAAAAUAAAAAUUAUAAAUUAAUUGAUUUAAAAUGUGAAGGUAUUAGAUUAAAUGAAAUUGAUUGUAUUCAAUUAUUUGAAAAUUUACCAAAUCUUGAAAUAUUUCAUUGUCGUUCAAGUGUAUUAUGUAAUAUUAUAAUACAGACAAUAAUAAAAAAUUGUAAGAAACUUAUUGAUUUGCGUAUCAAUGGAAAUGAUAAGAUAACUGACUAUGGUUUUACUGGAAUUGAUUUGAUAACAAAAGAAAAAGCAGGCUAUUGUAUAUCAGAAUUAGAACAACUUCAAUUUUUACAUAUAUGGGAUUGUCAAAUAACAUAUAAAUUAUUAUAUAUGAUAAAAUUAAAACAUUUAAAGAGAUUAUAUUUAUUUUUAAAUUUUCAAAAUUCAUUUUCAUUAGAUGAACUUAAUAUAAUUGAAGAAAAUUGUCCAAGAAUUAAUAAUAUAACAUUAUUUUUUAAAAAUUAUUCAUUAAAUAAAAAUAUUAAUUUAAAUAAAAUAAUUGAAAUGAUAAAAAAAUUAGAAAAAGUACGUUUACAUGGUCGCUAUAAACAUAAUUGGAAUCAUCCAAAACAAGAGAAACUAUUUUAUUUCAGUUUCAACUAUACAAAAUAUGCACGAUCUUUUAAUAUGACAUGUAAAUGUGAAAUUUGUGCAAAUAUCGAUAAGUUAUGCAAAACUGCUUUAUUUUCUAAAUAAAAAAUUCGAUUACAAUUUCAUAUAUAGAUUUGUUCUGAAAAUAUUUAUAUAAAUGAAUAAAUUAAAUAGUUAUUAUCAAAUUAUUUUUGAAUAUCAUAUUUUUAUUCAAUUUAUUUAAAAUAUAUUAGCACGACCUACAUAUUAUAUUAAAGUAAUAAAAUAUAAUAUAUAUGUAUAGGUAAUUGUAUAAGGUUUUGGAACAAAAUAACAUCAUUUCUAGUUUUUACAAAAAGGCGAUAGAUGGCACUAAGGUAACUAACUAUACAUUUUUGUACUUUGGUAAUGCUGUUAAAAAUUGACAUUUUAUAGUAAAAUUUUCAGUUGUCAUUAUUUCUCAAAAAAGUAUUAUCAAAGGAUAUCAAUUUUAUUUCAUAAUAAUGUAA